ACCAGCGUCUGUAGUUUAUUUCCAAAGUGGGGAUUUGCUUUUUUUCGCCUCCUUCGCUUGAAUUUCGGACUUUGCGUUCAAACAAGUCUACGUUCAUUUUUCUUGCAUGCCUAUAUAAAUACACAUGACUCCACCCACUAACUUAGCAUGAAAACACACACACACCCCAAGAACACGCACCAAAAACACACACACAUCGAUCAUGGAGUGGAGGAAAUGUUAUCUAGACGUGAUUCUUGUGCCAUUGGGGUUUUUUAUGUGCAUGGGAUAUCAUGUAUGGUUAUGGCAUAAGGUUCGAACCCAACCCCUCACUACUAUCAUCGGAACCAACGCUCGUGGCCGUCGUUUUUGGGUCUCCGCUAUGAUGAAGGACAAUGAAAAGAAAAACAUCCUGGCCGUCCAAACGCUGCGUAACACGAUCAUGGGGUCCACACUGAUGGCAACCACCUCGAUCCUUCUCUGCUCCGGCCUCGCCGCCGUGAUCAGCAGCACGUACAGCAUUAAGAAGCCACUGAACGACGCCGUCUACGGCGCGCACGGCGAGUUCAUGGUGGCGCUGAAGUACGUAACUCUCCUCCUCGUCUUCCUCUUCUCAUUCGUGUGCCACUCGCUGUCGAUCCGGUUCACGAACCAGGUGAAUUUCCUGAUAAACUGCCCGCCGGACACGUCGAACGGCGUGGUGACGGCGGAGUACGUGUCGGAGCUUCUGGAGCGGGGGUUCACGCUGAACACGGUGGGGAACAGAUUGUUCUACGCGGCGCUGCCGCUUCUGCUGUGGAUAUUCGGGCCGGUGCUGGUGUUUCUGUGCUCGGUUACAAUGGUGCCGGUGCUCUACAAUUUGGACUUCGUGUUUGCUGCUGAGAAGAAGAAACUGCGGAGUGAGAAUGGGAAUGGGCAUGAGCAUGAGCACGAGCAUGACUGUGGAUCUGUGUAAUGCCGAAAUCAAUCUCAUUUUCUUAUAAUUAAUGUGAAUGUGCUUCAAUCUGUAAUCAAUUCUACAUCAAAUUUAGAAUUAUUUUCUCAACUCUUUGUCAUAAUUAUUGAUUCAUAUGGAAAUUCUCUCUCUAA